AUGAAAAAUUGUAACAGAGAGACCACGUUGAUUUACAGAACGUUGAGCGACAAAUUUUUUGUCAUCAACAAACCUGUAAACUGGACAUUAACGAGGAAAAAAACGAAACGAGCAGAGGAGGGGGGAAGAGGAUGGGCUCCAAUUGGUAAUCCCCCUUCCUUGUUAAGUAAAAACAGUGACAUAGCAGAAUCAGCGGAACGAACAGACUACCCAAAUGAUAAACAUAGAAGUAACAUGUACAGGAAAAAACGAUUUCUUAGCCAGAUGAAGAACCUAAGUAGCGCUGAAAAAAAUGCAUUCCUUUACACAAAUUCUGUCCUAUACCUCUACGAUGACUUCAAUUUCAAUCUGAGUGGAAACGCCUCGACAAAGCAUAACGAUAAAAAUAAAUUUGCGCAGAAAUAUUACGUAGAGUCCCUGUUAAAAUGUGAGACGAACGGGGCUGUGUACUACCCGUAUAAGCUGCCUAUAUACAUGAGUGGUCUUGUCAUAUGUUGUCGAGAUUUACUCGUUUACAAGAAGUUUCUGCAGAUGAUUAGGGAAAAUAAGCUAGUGCGAAAGUACAGAUGUUUGGUGCAUGAUCCCUUCGUCUUUGUUGAUAGUAACAAAAUUAACUUUUUUCCAGAGGGAGGGCAUAGCUAUCCGAAGGGAAGGGGUGUGAUUCCCCUUGUGAGAGAGGCAUCAAACACACAUCAUCGCUAUGAAUACAAAAGCACAAACGACGAGGAAGAUAAAAUUGAUCGAAGAGAAGUUAUCCCCUUUCUAAGAUCCCUACAAGCACAAAAGGAAGUGAGUGAUGUGUUUCCGUAUCAUAAUUUUUUUGCGGACAAUCCGUAUUCCUCCAGCUACUGCUAUCGUUUGGCGGACUUAACGAUCGAUGAAUGGAAAGGGACAGUAUAUCCCACGACGUGUACAAUCAACAAAGAGGGGAACAGCAGACAGGGGAACAACAAACAUAGAAGUAACACACCUCACAGGGGGGGAAGAUUCACAGACAGAGAAGAAAGGACCCUAAAUUUUGACCACUUCGUUUCUGCCUUUUUGAGAAGAAGUCCCCCAGUGAAGAGCCUCAAUCGUUUUUUGUCCAACCUCCUCCACAACAAUGGCACAACGCUGAAUGAAAGCGACGAAUACGAUUUACGACGCGGGAAUGAAUUCCGAGUGAGUCCCCCUAAUGGGCACACGGAGCAGGGGAAACAUAAGCAUAGUGACCCAAUUUUGAGCCGAACAAAUGGUGACCACUUAGGUUACAAUGUAAAGAUCCAAAACGGAUGUCUGUCCAAAGAUGGGAAGAUCAGAUUUCCGUUAUCUCUGUACUUCAACGAAGGGAACUUUUUUACCUUCAAUAAGCACUUCGAAGACAACUCCGUGCCUGUAUCUAUGGUUUACCGAAUGGAGAAUUAUAGUGAUUUCUUGAAGAGGAAUUUAAAAACGUUGCUCAAGAAGGAGCAGGAUGUAGAUUUUCGCUUGAAUAAAAAUUGCAACGUCUGUAUUAUCGAGUUUGUCCUUCUGGACAACCCCAAGCCUGACUUAAUCCGAUUCUUCUUUAGCGAACUGAACACCCCCAUAAUUAAUGACAGUAUAUUUGACAGGAAUUCUUUCAAACGAGAUGUAAUUGGUGAAGUGAUUUUGAAGCAGCUGGAGGGGAGUCACGCGGAUUCUUCGCCACCUGUGGAGGGUUCUUGGCUCUUCGAUGUGGAUACCCAUUUGGGUCUUAGGGUGGAGCAAGUGGACGGCGUGCAAUCAACCACCUGGCGACCGCGAAGGCGUGAUAGAGAAAUUAAAGAGUAUUUUCUUAAAGCGAGGGAGCCACACGUUAACGCUUUCACCAUCCCUGGAGUGGGGGGCACUUUGCUCGGAUCCGAGCAGGUCGUAGAAAAAGUAAAUCCAAGUAAUUUCAUCAUACAGGAGAGGCAUUCAAGUGAUGGACACGACGAAGAAGGGGGGCAUAACUGCCCACAGAACAGCGGCGAAAAAAUGAAACUUUCCAAUAAAAACACGAAUCUGUGUCUCGAACUAUUUCAGCUGCAGUUCUUGGAUCCAAUCAACGGGGAUCACGUGAAGAUAGAAAAUUCCCUUCCCAGCGCCUGGCUUUAA